AUGGCUGAUUUGUUGCACAAGGCGAUCCAAGCAAUGUCACUUGAAGAGGAGGAACCUCUGACACUCCCCGAUAGCCCAAGGUUUAGGGUUGUGGACGAGAAUCAGAUAAGUCUUUUGGGACGCUUAUUGAAUCCAGAUUGUCAAUCAAUGUCAAGAAUGAUUGAGUAUAUGCCAACAACAUGGCGAGUUUAUGAUAGGGUUCGUGGGAUUGCCUUAUCCCGAGAUAGGUUCCAGUUUGUUUUCCAACGGGAAGAGGAUCUUCAAACGGUCUUGAAUGAUAGGCCCUGGUCUUACAACCAUUGGGCCAUGGCGCUGGAGCGAUGGACAUCCAAUCCUCCUCAGGAUUUUCUGCAGUCAAUUGAUGUGUGGAUUCGGAUCCGCAACAUUCCUGCUAUCUUUUUCACAGCGGAGACGAUGUUCAAACUGGCUUCAGAAGUUGGUGUGGUGGAAGAGAUAUCAUAUGAUCCUAAGGUAUCUCAUACCAAGGACUAUAUUCGUGCUCUGGUGCAUUUCAAUACUAAUAAACCAGCUAAAGCUUUCCGCAAACUCAAAGUUCCGAAAGGAGGUACAGUGGCUAUAGAGUUUGAAUAUGAGAAAAUACACAAGAGGUGUUUUCAUUGCCUGCGUCUCACUCAUGAAAAGGUGAGAUGCCCUUUGUUGAGGAAAGGAGGUAGCAGUGGUAACAAGGCUUCUGUUGGCCCUAGAGUGCAAUCUGGUGGUCCGGUUAUCACAGAACCGUUAGAUGGUCCUCCUGGUUUCCCUGUUCUGUUUCCGGAACUAUCAAGAGAAGACCGUAAGAUGGCGAUGCUGUACAUCUCUCACGCUGAUGAAACUGAGCGUCGAGCUCGUAUUGAAAGGGUGAAGCAAGGCACUGAAGAUAACAAAGUAGCGUCCUCUGUUCAUCUUACUCGUAUUACGAAGGAGUUAGAUAAAGGGAAGGGACAUGUGUUCUCAUACACUGAGCUCUUGGAAUCACAACAUUGUGGUGCUACUCAUCAGAUUACUGCGGCACCCGCUCAACAUCCUGGAGAAAAGAGUGAUGAUGACACUGAAUCCUCAGGAUCAAAAUUCUCAGCCUGUUAA